GUCCAUUUUGUGGUCCCACGAGAGAUUUAGUGAUCUUGACUUUUUUUAAUAGUUUCAACCUAUUAAAGUAAGUCAAGUAACUAAGCUCAAAGAAGAGAAGCACAUUUAAGCACAUUUAGGAACGUACUGGUUUUCUUAUAGAAAAUAUCAUCGCCAAUCAGGUAGCCAAUUUUCUCGGAAAUCUUCGCUUCUGCAUAGAUAAACCGACAGUCUAAAAGGUAUAAUUACUGAUAGUAGCACCAGCCACAAUUAGUGAUAUUUAGUAUAUAGGUUCAGUAUAUAUCCUGGUGCUAAUUUGACAUAAACAUAUAAGAAACGUAUCAAAAUGGAAAACCGAACGACUUCUCUUCUUGAUGGGUUCCACGAAAUGUUCGACAGGAAUCAGGAUCACAGAACAAAGGAUUUAUUUUUAAUGUCAUCUCCUAUACCUACUAUGGUUACAGUAGCAGUAUAUUUAUAUGCAAUUAAAGUAGUGCUCCCAGCUUAUAUGAAAAACAAAAAACCAUACGAACUUAAAAAUGUAAUAUUGUUCCAUAAUUUUAUACAAGUACUGAUAAGCGCUGCAUUAUUCGUAGGGUUCUUACUUGCCGGCUGGUAUCCCCUUAAAUAUGACUUAAAAUGCCAAUCGUUAAAGCUACCAGAUAAUAUAGAGGGAGCUGGCAUUAAGAUAAUGCAUGUGUCGUAUGGCUACUAUGUAUCAAAGUUUGUAGAAUUGUUUGAUACAGUAUUUUUCGUUUUACGAAAAAAAGAUCAGAAUGUAUCUUUUCUUCACGUCUACCACCACGCCGUCAUGCCAUUAUGGUGCUGGGGUGCAGUAAAAUAUUUUCCAGAAAGUCAAAUGACUCUAUAUGGAAUGAUAAACUCGUUUAUACAUAUUGUGAUGUAUACCUACUAUAUGCUUAGUGCAUUCGGCCCAAAAAUUCAGAAAUAUUUAUGGUGGAAGAAGCAUAUCACAGUAUUACAGUUGAUUCAGUUCACAAUAGGUGGUAUUCACUCGUUCCACUUACUCAUCAAGGGUUGCCAUGUGCCCCGAUUACUCAGUUUUAGCUUGUUUUUGGAAUCAAUCUUCUUCUUUUACAUGUUCGCCCAAUUCUAUUUGAAGGCUUAUGAAAAGAAACCUGCGAAACAUUUAGCUGCUAAUGGACAUCAGAACAAUGUUAAAAAAGAAAACUAGAGUGUAAAAAUUGCUACUGUAAAUAAAAUAUUUAUUUAG